AUGAAUUUCUGUUGCAUGUCUGAUGAAGAGUGGGAGAGAAGGAGAAUUCACCAACAGAUCGAGAAACAGCUGAGAAUGGACAACAGGAACCUACAACGACAGCUGAAGCUAUUACUUCUAGGUGCAGGAGAGAGUGGUAAGAGCACCUUCAUUAAGCAAAUGAGAAUCAUCCACGGGAAAGGUUUCUCAGAGGAGGACAGAAGCGGCUACACCAAGCUGGUGUUCCAGAACAUAUUUACUGCGAUUCAAGCCCUCAUCCAAGCAAUGGAAACACUGCAUAUCCCAUUCUUAGAUGACAAAAACACAAGAUUUGUUCCUAUGCUAAGCAGUAUGACACCAGAAACUGUGUUCAAAAUGGAGGCAUGCUAUGCUGAAGCAAUUAAGAGUGUGUGGAAUGAUCAUGGUAUGCAGCAAUGCUAUGAGCGCAGAAGAGAGUACCAGCUCUCAGAUUCAGCCAAAUAUUACCUGGAUGACAUAGACAGAAUCUCUGCUUCUCUUUACGUGCCAACCCUGCAGGAUGUUCUACGAGUCAGACUUCCUACCACUGGAAUUAUUGAGUACCCCUUCAACCUCGGCUCUGUUAUCUUCAGAAUGGUUGAUGUGGGGGGUCAGCGGUCAGAGAGGAGGAAGUGGAUUCACUGUUUUGAGAAUGUGACUUCUAUAAUCUUCCUGGUAGCACUAAAUGAAUAUGACCAGGUCUUGUUUGAAAACGCCAAUGAGAACCGCAUGGAGGAGAGUUUGGCUCUUUUUAAGACCACCUUGACCUACCCUUGGUUCGAUGAGACCUCCAUCAUUCUCUUCCUCAACAAAACAGACCUCCUUAUAGAGAAAAUCUCCAAGUCCCACCUUGAAGACUACUUUCCUAAAUACAAUGGCCCUAAGAAGGAUGCAGAUACAGCAAUGAAGUUUAUUCGCCACAUGUAUGAAGAGCAGAACACUAAACUCAGUACAGACUGCAAGCGUAUGUACUCACAUUUAACAUGUGCCACUGACACCGAAAAUAUCCGUAAAAUCUUUGUAGAUGUGAAAGACACCAUUAUGAGAAUCCACUUAACUGACUUCAACUUGAAUUAA